GGCGGGUGUGGGGGGUAGGAGAGAGGAGUAAAGACCUAGAAAGAUGGGGUGUUUUGUUGUCAGCGUUUGACGGCAGAGGAGGGAUAGUCCUAAGGUCAUGUCCGCUGGACUGGCUCCUCCCCCUAGUUUCAGUUUCCAUUUCCCAGCUCCGCGGAGCUGAGCAGAGCCGAGUACAGGCUAAGCCACACAGGGGCUCCCCGCGGCGGGCCACUGACAGCAGAAUGGAUCUGCGACCCUACCAGUGGGAGGUGAUCAUGCCUGCCCUGGAGGGCAAGAAUAUCAUCAUAUGGCUGCCCACCGGCACUGGGAAGACCCGGGCAGCUGCUUAUGUGACCAAGAGACACCUAGAGACGGUGCAGGGAGCCAAGGUGGUUGUACUGGUCAACAGGGUGCACUUGGUGACCCAGCACCGUGAGGAAUUCCGCCGCAUGCUGGACAACCGCUGGACCAUUACCACCCUGAGCGGGGACAUGGGGCUGCGAGAUGGCUUUGCUUACCUGGCCAAGACGCAUGACCUGAUCAUCUGCACAGCUGAGCUGCUGCACAUGGCGCUGAGCAGCCCCCAAGAGGAGGAGCAUGUGGAGCUCAGUGCCUUCUCCCUACUCGUGGUGGAUGAGUGUCACCACACACACAAGGACACUGUCUACAACAUUAUCUUGAGCCGGUACCUCGAGCAUAAACUCCAGAGGAAGAAGCCCCUGCCCCAGGUGCUGGGCCUCACAGCCUCUCCGGGCACUGGUGGGGCUUCGGGGCUCAGUGGGGCCAUCGACCACAUCCUGCAGCUCUGUGCCAACCUGGACACCUGGCGUAUCAUGUCACCCAAGAACAGCCUUCCCCAGCUGUGGGAGCACAGCCACCAGCCCUCCAAGCAGUAUGACCUCUGCCAGCGGCGGAGCCAGGACCCAUUUGGGGACAUGAUUAAGAAUCUCAUGGACCAAGUCCACGACCAACUGGAGAUGCCGGAGCUGAGCCGGGACUUUGGGACACAGACAUAUGAGGGGCAGGUGGUGGAGCUGAGCCGAGAGGCGGCCGAGGCCGGGCUCCAGCAGCGGCGGGUCUACGCGCUUCACCUGCGGCGUUACAACGAUGCGCUGCUCAUCCACGACACGGUCCGCGCCGUGGACGCCCUGGCCUUGCUGCAGGAUUUCUACAACCAGGAGCGUGUCACUAAGGCCCACAUCCUUCACGCUGAGCGCUGGCUGCUGGCGCUGUUCGAUGACCACAAGAAUGAACUGACUCGACUGGCAACUCAGGGCCCAGAGAACCCCAAAUUGGAAAUGCUCGAACAGAUCCUGCAGGAGCAGUUCAGGUGCCCCGACAGUCGCCGGGGCAUCAUUUUCACCCGGACGCGCCAGAAUGCUUCUUCCCUCCUGCUCUGGCUCCAGCAGCAUCCCAAGCUGCAGGGAGUGGACAUCAGGGCCAAGCUGCUGAUCGGGGCUGGGAACACCAGCCAGAGCACCCACAUGACCCAGAAGGACCAGCAAGAGGUGAUCCGGGAAUUCCGGGCGGGCACCCUGAACCUCCUGGUGGCCACGAGUGUGGCGGAGGAGGGGCUGGACAUCCCCAGCUGCAAUGUGGUGGUGCGCUAUGGGCUGCUGACCAACGAGAUCUCCAUGGUCCAGGCAAGGGGCAGGGCACGGGCUGAUCACAGCAUUUACUCCUUUGUGGCAACUGAGGGCAGCCGGGAGCUGCGGCGGGAGCGGACCAAUGAGGCCCUGGAGAGGCUGAUGGAGGAGGCAGUGGCUGUGGUGCAGGCCAUGGACCCGGCCAAAUACCAGGCUAAGAUCCGGGACCUGCAGCUGGCCGCCCUGGGGAAGCGGGCAGCCCAGGCGGCCGACCGGGAGAAGCGGCAGCAGCAGUUCCCGGCGGAGUACGUGCGGCUUCUCUGCAUCAACUGCAUGGAAGCUGUGGGCCAUGGGAGCGACCUGCGGAAGGUGGAGCGCGCCCACCACGUCAACGUGAACCCCAACUUCUCGAUCUACUACAGCAUCUCCAAGCAGCCCGUGAACAUUGGCAGAGACUUCAAGGACUGGUAUCCUGGGGGUGCCAUUAGCUGUAGGAACUGUGGGGAGGUCUGGGGUCUGCAGAUGAUCUACAGAUCAGUGAAACUUCCAGCACUCAAAGUCCGCAGCAUGCUGCUGGAGACGCCUCAAGGACGAGUCCAGAUCAAGCAGUGGUCCCGCGUGCCCUUCUCUGUGCCUGAAUUUAACUAUGUGCAGUACUGUGCCCAGCUAGACAAGGACUUCUUGGACUGACCACCUUCCUGCUGCAGUAACAGGUUGAGGCUGCAGGGGGCAGAAGAAUCCACAGCAGCCACCCUCUUCCCCUGAGCAAAGCCGGGUCCAGGCCCCUCUAGCCUGAGUCAUCAGCUACCAGCCCGGUGCUGAGCAGCCCGGAGGGAACUGUGACUGCUGUGGACGCCCUCACUGAGGAAGCAACUGGAAGGCCACAGCUCAAACCAGACCCUUCUCACACUCAGAUACUUUGUGUGGAUGGCGGUAGGGUGGAGACUGAGGCAGGAGACUCAGCGUCCUGGACUAUAUCAGGAAUCUCCCUCAGCAUUCUCUCCCUGCCAAGACCACCUUCAUUUUUUGAGGCUCCCAUAAAUUAAAAACAACAACAACAACAAAGAAUGGAAAAUUGGUGUAAGAAAUGUAUGGUAUUUUUGAAACAUCUGUUGCGGUACAGCGGACAUAAACUGUCCAUAUUGACAGUGGACAGUUUGAUCAAUUUUCUCAUGCUCCUCCAACAAUCAAGAUAACGAACAUAACUGUUGCCUGUUUCAUCGUCCCCCAUGGCAAUCCCUCCUUCCCAGCCCUCCACACCCCUCCACCUGCUUUGUAGAGCAUUUUUAACACCAAGGCUUGUUUUUUUUUUUUUUUUAACACCCCUCUUUGGGGCUAUCAUGUAACCUUGUUUGAAGAGAUUGUCCAAGCCCUAAAUUUGAGUCACCAAGAAUGUGAAGCCUUCCUACCCUGCUUACCCUAUAAGGGGCUUCAACCCAAUGCCCUUACCUCCAUCUUCCCCUGACCCCCCGAUCAUUUUCCUGGGCUGGGGGAGGCUGAGGUCCAGGAAGUGUGGGGUGCACCUCAGGUAGACAUGGGGGUGGAGGAAGUUAUAGAGGCCUGAAUUUUUUGUUCUCAUUUUAGCAAAGAGAGAGAAAGGCAAGAUCUAGGUUGAUUCUUCAGGGAAAGGGCUAUUUCUGUAGUAAGAGACCCAGCAGGCAGGAGUCACCUUCAAGAGGAAGGGAGGGGGCUAGGGCAGAGAUUGGAGAGCAGAAUGACGGUCCUUCCUGCCGUCUACCCUCUUCCUUCCUGCUGCAUCCUGGGGCCUGCCUCAGGGCAGAGGGCAAAUAAUGCAUCUCCCCUCCCGCAGCAUCUUCUUAGGUCAGCCGACCUUUCUUCGGAUUGAGGGUGAAACUUCAGUUCCAGUCUUUGGCCUUCAUCCCUUCCAGAA